AUGGAUGUCCCAAAGGAAGAGGAGGAGGAAUACAUAAAGUUGAUAAAAUGCUCGAACAAUGUGGAGUUCAAGACAAACGAGGAGAUAGAAGCGCUGGAAAUUUGCAUGGAGAAGUCCAUCAAUUUGAAAAUAAUCCAGUACUUUGUUAACAUAAAGGAAUUGUACUUGGUAAAAAAUAACAUCUCUGAUGUAACCCCUUUGUUCGAAUGCUCAAAUCUGAGGGUCUUAUUUUUGCAAAUCAAUAAGAUCAAGAGCGUCCUAGGGUUGGGGAAGCUGAAGAAACUGGAGAAACUGAACCUAUUCAGCAAUCAACUGACGGAGAGCGCCAUAGAUUUGGGAAAGAACAAACAGUUACACUACAUCGAUCUGAGCGACAAUGCACUAGAGAGUAUCGACUUCUUCUGGUGCACCACUUCUUUUGUACACAUCAAUUUGGCCAACAACCGGAUUCGAACCCUGGAUCCUCUGCGGAAUAAUGCAAACUUGGAACACCUAAAUGUCAGCGGGAAUAGGCUCGAACGCUUUGAAGACAUCCAGGCGCUUCGCCUGCUGCCAAACAUUAAGGAGCUGUACCUCAGUUCGAUCUACUACAAAAAUAACACUCUGGUGGGAAGCCUACUCUACAAGCACUACUUCUGCACCAAUUUUCCAAAUUUACUGAUAUUAGACCACCAAGUCAUAAGCAGCCAGGACAGGAAGUUAACCGCACGGGACAUGGAAACACUCAAAAGCAUCUCCGAUUUCAAAAUGAACUUUAUCGAAGAAAAAUAUAUAAAGGAAAAACAACAUCUCCUGUUCAUUAAUAACAAAAAUUUAUUUUACUUGAAUGAAGUUCUAUGGCCCAUUCAUCUUUACUUCAACAUGGAGGGGUCCGCUGUGGAUGCUAAUACCAACGGGGAAAACGAACGAAUAGCAGAGAUAAAGCGGGAGGUAUCAUUUUUGCUGAGCGCGUAUAACUGCAGGUUUAACUACAUCAUGCGGAGGCUGAAGGAAGAACGGGACCUGCAGAAAAAAUAUGUCUCCACGUCGAUGAAUUCCUAUUUUAACAUUUUCUUCCAAGUCGUGACGAAGCAGCAAGCAGAGUACUGCGAAGUAGAAGACUUACUCAGGCGAAACUUCAACGCAAAGUUGCUAAGGAGCUACUUUGUUGAGGAUAUAAAAAUUGAGAGCAUUGUAAAAGUGAAGAAGCUCAACCAUGGAUGUCUGGACGCGUUAAUCGAAGACCACCUGAACAGCGUGGUUUAUGAGAAAAAUUUGCUCUUCCUGCACCCGUAUAAUUACUGUAAAAUUAACGACCACUUUGAUUUUGACGAAAAAGAAAUUUUAGUGGAGGACCCGGAGAGGAGGAAGUUUUUUGACAGAAACUUCGUUUGCUCGUGCCUCAGCUUGAGCCAUGUGUUGAAGACGGCCAUCAGGACGUUCCUCGCGGAGGAUCAGGACGACCUGGUGCACCCGAUUUACCUCAGAAGCAGGGGGGCAGAAACUGCAACAGGCUCGACAACUGUGGAAGACUCUCCCAAUGCGUGUUCCCACGCAACUGAGGUGAACGUGAAGAAGAAAAUUGUGCGGAGCAAAAAGUUCGACUUUCCUCCAGUGCGCAUAUACGUGGUGGAGAGUUACUUCUUCCCGAAUGAACACAAAGAGGCGACAGCCUACACCAUGUCCGGAGGUCGGGGGGACAAUGAAAAGAACGAGGAGUCUAAAUUUAAAAUAUAUUACACGAAGCCGAGACACACCAAUUUGAAAUUCAUAGUCAACGUAAGUCUGGUGAGUGGGGGCGCAGGGGUGAGCAAGGGAAACUCCCUCAUCGGAGUAGAUACAGAAGGAAAAGGGAAACAGAAAGAAAAGAACAUCAACAUGGACUUCCUGAAUUGUGUGAAAGUACAAGAUACCGUGGAUACUCCAAAUGGAUCACAUGCAAGAGGAAAACUUAAAAAAGAUUUUUACGAGUACCUUUUAACUUUCAAAUUAAUUAACUUUUUUUAUGUUACGAAAUAUUUUAUAAAGUUAAGUAAAGUCAUUUGUGAGAUUAAGAAAUGUGUGUCGAUUCUUUUGGCUAAAUAUAACUUGAAGCACCUGCUUCCCUUGAGUGUCAAACAUUUCAGAGAGAAGUUGGAAGUUACUUUACCUGAGCAUGUUAAUAUAUUGGAGAAGAAGAGGUUGGACCUUAUCCGCCUCGUUAGGGAAUCAUCUGCAUGUGAAAUUUCCCCCAAUACGGACAGUACCGCAGCAACAUAUACACGAGAAGAGGAAGACAGUAGAGCGCAUGCCGAAACGGAGGCCCUACACCUUAGCAGCUUCCACAUACACAAGCUGAAGUUGCGAGUUGUGCAGGACAUUUUUAGGAACUUGAAGAAAUUAUGUCUGGUCAAUAACAAUAUCAGCGACUUGAGUGUGCUUUUCCAUUGUGAGGAAGAGGACAUUGAUUCUUUAGUGCACCUCGACCUUUCCUUUAACUCCAUAACAACCCUUGCUCCGAUAUGCAAUAAAUUCAGGAAGUUAAUGCACUUGGAUAUAUCCUUCAACUGUAUUUGUGAUUACGUGGAAAUUGUAAUGUUCAGUGGGAACCAUAAGGAGGUAGAGUCGCUGUCACUUGUUGGUAACUCCCUUUAUGUGAAGCCCUCGCACCAGGAGUGUAUUCACCGGAUUUUCCCUCGCAUCGUAUUGCUGAACGGGGUAGACGUGACGUUGGGUGUGGAGUUAGAUUUGGAAGCGCACUGCUCGGUUCAGAUCCCGUGGGAUGAUGCCCCGAGUAGUGCCAGGCACGCCAUGUUGACGAAAGGGCCCAAGUGCAGCGAUUACCUGGAGAAAUUGGAAGUAGUGAAUCUGUCAGAUCUGUACACCUCUCUUCCCAUCUCCGAUUUCUCCGUUCUUCCAAACUUGAAAGAAUUAAACCUCUCCAGCAACGGAAUGGACAGUGUGGAGGACCUGAAAUUGCCGACGUGCUUACGUAAGCUGAACUUACGGAACAACAGAUUAAGAGUCAUCAACUUCCUAACAAGCAACUUAGGAAUUGAAAUCCUCAUUUUGGACAGGAACAACCUUACAAAUAUCGACAUGGUGAACUGUCUCAAGAAGUUGAAGGUAUUGAGGUGCGCACACAACAAGUUGGCGACCAUACCAUUAAUGCAGAAUGCACAGCUCGUUGAACUGAACGUACACGACAACUUCAUAGAAGACAUUACUCACUUGGUUCUGAUGAAGAAGAAGAAGUCUCUAAGGUCCAUAAACAUUUACAACAACAAAAUAAACUUUCCCAACUUAGAACUCUACAUAAUCCACACGUUCAGGAAUUUGAUCAUCUUAAAUGACAUGUACAUAGAGAGGACAGAUCAUGUAGAUGCAUUUUUUAAAAAUAUAUAUACCCUCAAUGUUUUUCAUGAUCUGUACAACAUGUUCCCUCCCUACACCUCCUUGAGAGUUCUUGAAAUUAAAAACUUGAAGAUUCGGAGCAUCAUGUUCCGCAUCAGCAAUGAGAACUUUGCUAAUUUAGAGCGCCUUGAUUUGUCUAACAACUUCCUCAGCAGCAUCACCAACGUAGGUCCGCUCGACGGUCUCAAGGUUCUACUCCUAAACAACAACAAGCACAUCAGCGAAGAGUCUUUCAUGGGUGCGGAUGGGAAAAGUGUACUGAACUCCUUGAAAUCACUGGAGGAAUUGGGCAUUAGCUCCUGCAUGCUGUGCAGAACGGACUUUCUGAGGAAGUGCAGCAACUUGGGGAACCUGAGGAACCUAAACUUGGAGGGAAAUAAUAUCCACUCAGUGAGCAGUCUGUCCCACUUGGAGAAUCUGCUCGAUUUAAAUUUGUCCAACAACAAAGUGUCCAAGAUAUGCCCAGAGGCAUUUCCCCCCCAGCUAAGGCGCCUAAGUUUGUCCAACAACUUGAUCAGGAAUUUGGCACCACUGGGGGCGCUGCAAAACUUGGUAACCCUGGAUCUCCGAGUUAACCGACUAGACAGCAUAGAGGAGUUCACCUCAUUAAAGGACAUGCACGCGUUGAGGGUUCUCUACCUAAGUGGGAACAGAAAGAUAAGGGAACAAUUCCCAAGCAUAAAGAACAUGCUUAAACAAGUGGAUACCCUGGACGAUAAGGUUGUGGUGGAACAUGAGGGGAUGCUGCAGAAUAUAUUGGACCAGAGGGAAUGCGCUAGGAGCAAUGGGGACAAGAGCGCGAAGGAAGUGCGGGCAGAAACUCACAGGGGUGCGCAGGAGGGUUGCAUGAAGGAAGACACGAAAACUCCCAAUGGAAAUAUCAAGGGGGGGGCGCUUAGAAAAGGGGUGCUCACCCCAUCGCAGACCAAGCUGCGGCGACCGUCCAAAAUGGAAAGCUCCUUUCAUGAGCGAAUGAAGCAGGACAACUUUACCGUUAUAGGUAGACGUGUAAGCAGAAGUGAUAAUUGA